AUGCGCUCCUCCAACGUCCUCGCCGCUGCCACGGUCGCCGCCGUCCCCUUCGCCGCUGCAAGCUCUGCUCCCGCAUACGCCUCUGAUGGUAGCGAGGCGUUCUCUCUUGGUACCGCUUGGGACGUAGCAAAAGACGGUUACAAUGCCUACGAGGCUGUCAAGGGCGCGUACGAUGCGUACAAGAAUGACCACAAGCGCGAGGUUCCUCAGCCCUCCGGCAGCGAGGCCAUCUCGCUCGGCACUGUAUGGGAUAUCGGGAAGGACGGCUACAACGCGUACGAGGCCCUGAAAGGCGCAUACGACAGCUGGAAGAGCUCCCACAAGCGGGACACCGAGUUUGUGGAGCUGCUCGCACGCGAGAUCCAAAACCAGAUCGAUCACGAACACGCUCCCGCGCAACCUGGCCUGAGCCCCGACGUUCAUCCACACGAGCGCGGGCACGGUCAAGGCCGCUUCCGGCACACUAAGGGACGCGGACGCAAGGGCAGGAAGAGCGGCAAGGGUCGCAACGGCGGCCUACACCACACGAGCUCCCGCGUGCCCGGUCAUGAAUCAGGCACGCACCGCCCUGCCGAGCAGACGCACGAGGCGACACAUGCUCCUGUCGAGCACUCGGCAUCCGUUCCUACCGCGCAUGCUCAGGAGGCUACACAGGCUUACGCUCAGCACAAGGCCCGCAACUGGGUCAACACUGUUGAAGACGGCAUCCAUGUCGUCAACGACGGCGCGAAUGCGGUAGAUGCCGUACACAACGCAUACGAGAGCUGGAAACAGUCCCACAGGCGCGGCUGGGCGGGCGACAUCGAGGAGGGUAUCACUAUCGUCAACGACGCGGCGAACGCCGCCGAGUCCGUGCACACGGCUUACGAGAGCUGGAAGCAGAGCCACCGACGCGCACCAGAGGCCUUUGGCCGCGGCAAAGUGGACGAUAUCGACAAGGGCAUCAACAUCGUGAGUGAUGCCGCCAAUGCUGUAACCAACAUCCACGACGCGUACGAAAGCUGGAAACAAAGCCACAAGCGCGGUACCGCCAGCAAGAUCGAGGACGGCAUUAACAUUGUUAAUGACGCCGCGAAUGCAGCGCAGGCAGUCCACGGUGCCUACGAGAGCUGGAAGCAAAGCCACAGACGCGGCGUUGCUUCCGAUAUCGAGGACGGUAUUCAUAUCGUGAACGACGCGGCGAAUGCCGCGGAAGCCGUUCACGGCGCGUACGAGAGCUGGAAGCAGAGCCAUAGGCGCGAGCCUGAGCCAUACGUUUUGCCCAGCUCAAGAUGGCGGCACUUGGCCAUCGCUCGUGCUCUGCUUGACGAGCUCGACUAA